AAAUUGCAGAGCACAAAAUUAAACUAAAAUUAGAUUAAUAUUCUUUCUGGGUUUUUGGUGAUGGGUAAGCUCUCCCCAACCAUAUGCUUUCUCCUAGUGGUUCUCUUCUAUGCCUCAGAUAUAGUCAACAUCAAAUUGGUGGCCGGGCAAACAUGCAAGGAGGUUAUAGGACUAUGUCGCGACUGCGACUCUAGGUGUAAAUCAAGGCAUCCUCCCCGCACAACCACAUCGGAAUGUGAUUUUAACACCGGCCCCAGCGGUAUUCCAACAUGCGUAUGUUCUUACAAGUGCGAGAACCAAUGCAACGGGAGCGGCGGCCUAUGCAGCAUUCGAUGUGGUCCUGAGUGUUGCAAUGCAAAUUGUGCUGCGAAAUUCAACAGUGGCAGAGGAUACUGUGAUAAUAGUGCUGGUGUUAAUAUCUGUCAAUGCCAGUAUGCUUGCUAGCUAGUAGAGAAAUACAAUGAUCGAUAGAGCAUGUUUGGUUUGGAUGCUUCGUUUUCACAUUUUUCCAUCUGUGGUUUUUAACU